GAGGUCAGAAGAAAAAGGAGAACGUGCUGUCUGAGAAGGUGGACCAGAUGAUGGAGUGGUCCUCUCGGCGUUCGGUCAUAAGGAUGAACGGCGACAAGUUCCGGCGCUUCGUUAAGGCUCCUCCCAGGAAUUACUCCGUUAUUGUCAUGUUCACAGCACUGCAGCCCCAAAGGCAGUGCUCCGUUUGCAGACAGGCCAAUGAGGAGUACCAGGUCCUGGCUAACUCAUGGCGAUAUUCAUCGGCGUUUUCCAACAAACUUUUCUUUACAGUGGUGGACUACGAUGAGGGUGCUGAUGUUUUCCAACAGUUAAACAUGAACAGUGCCCCAACCUUCAUGCACUUUCCGGCAAAAGGGAAGCCGAAGAGAGCUGAUACCUUCGAUUUACAAAGGAUUGGCUUUGCGUCCGAGCAGCUGGCCAAGUGGAUUGCUGACCGCACUGACGUUCAGAUCAGAGUUUUCCGCCCUCCUAAUUAUUCAGGGACCAUUGCUCUGGCUUUAUUAGUAUCUCUGGUUGGAGGUUUGUUGUACCUCAGGAGGAACAACUUGGAGUUCAUAUACAACAAGACUGGAUGGGCCAUGGCUGCACUGUGUGUAGUUUUUGCGAUGACAUCUGGUCAGAUGUGGAAUCACAUCAGAGGUCCUCCUUAUGCCCACAAAAACCCUCAGAAUGGACAAGUGAGUUACAUCCACGGCAGCAGUCAGGCUCAGUUUGUGGCCGAGUCUCACAUCAUCCUUCUUCUGAAUGCUGCAAUCACAAUGGGAAUGGUGCUGUUGAAUGAAGCAGCAACCUCCAAAGGAGAUGUCGGAAAGAGAAGGAUCAUUUGCCUGGUGGGUUUGGGCCUGGUGGUGUUUUUCUUCAGCUUCCUGCUUUCCAUUUUCAGGUCCAAGUACCAUGGAUACCCUUACAGUUUCCUCAUUAAGUGAAGAAAACCAGAUGGUGAAGAGACAGGAGAAGAGGAGUGAAGGAGAUACCUGGAGAGGACAAGGCAGCAUUACAACAAAAUGAAGUGUGCAUGUUUGUUGUGAUUUUUUUUUAUGCAGUCUUCCCCCUAGAUUGCUUUUGGAGUAACUUAUCGAGUCUGAAAAUAAAGGAUUGUGUCACCUGUCUCUAA